AUGCUUUCCUUUAGCUCUAAAGACGAAUUAAUAGCAGGAUUUGAUAUUAUCAACUGGAUCACAUUUCCAAAUAAAUCGUUUGUUAGAGUCAAAGUUGGGAGAGUGACACCACAGAAUGUCCCUGGUAAAGUAUUCACCAUUUCUGAAGAUGUGAUCCAGUGGCCUAAGGCAUUUAACCAGGAACUUCCCAUUUCUCUAUGUAAUUCCCAUUGCAAUUCUGGAUACAGCAGGAAAAGGAUUGAAGGGAAACCAUUUUGCUGCUACAAAUGCCAUCGAUGCCCAGAAGGAAAGAUUUCUCAUCCAAAGAACUUGGAUGACUGUUUUCAGUGUCCAGAAGAUCAGUAUCCCAACAAAGGCCAGAAUAGGUGCCUUCCAAAAGAUACCAGCUUCCUCUCAUUUGAAGAACCUUUGGGAAUCACUCUCACCCUUUUUGCCCUUUUCUUUUCUUUCCUCACAGCUUUGGUGCUUUAUAUCUUCAUUAAGCACCGGGAGACUCCCAUUGUCAAAGCCAACAACCGGAACCUCAGCUACGUUCUUCUUAUUUCCCUUUUAUUUUGUUUCCUUUGCACUUUGCUCUUUAUUGGACAGCCCACAAAGCUUAUGUGUCUCCUUCGACAAACAGCUUUUGGAAUAAUCUUCUCAAUAGCUGUUUCUUCUGUUUUGGCCAAGACUAUUGUUGUGGUCCUGGCCUUCAUGGCAACUACACCAGGAGGUGGGAUGAGAAAAUGGUCUAGCAAACACCUGGCCAGCUCCAUUGUUCUUUCUUGCUCCUUUAGUCAAGUCUUGAUUUAUAGUGUGUGGUUGGUCACUGCUCCCCCCUUUCCUGAUGUUGACAAGCACUCCCUGAUGGAAGAAAUUAUCCUGGAAUGUAAUGAAGGAUCUGACACUAUGUUUUAUAUCGUCCUGGGCUUUCUGGGCUUCUUGGCUAUUAUUAGCUUCACAGUGGCCUUCCUGGCCAGGAAUCUGCCUGACAGUUUCAAUGAAGCCAAGUUUAUCACCUUCAGCAUGUUGGUCUUCUGCAGUGUCUGGGUGUCCUUUGUUCCAACUUAUCUAAGCACAAAGGGCAAAUAUAUGGUGGCCGUGGAGAUUUUUUCCAUCUUGACCUCCAGUGCUGGCUUAUUGCUCUGCAUCUUUUCUCCUAAAAUUUAUAUUCUUGUACUGAAACCUGAGCUGAACUCCAGGAAGCACUUAAGGAGAAAAUAA